GGCGGUCGCGCGUGGCCUGCGCGGGACUGAGAGAGUGGGAGUUGUGGGUGCUGUGGCUGGCGGGACCCCCGGCCGUUGGUGGAGCCGGGGAGAGGCAGCUACCGUUGGGUCCACCCUGGGUCGGGCUCCUGCCCGGGCACGCGCGAGCCCUUUCCGGGCAGAGUGGGCUCCUGAGAGUCGAGUCUGUGAGGAGUUUGUGAGACAGAUCCCUACUCGCUGGUGGUGGCUGCUUUUGAGUUGUGUCUUUUUACCUCUGUCGUCUCAGGAGCUGAGAGCGGCAGGUUUUCACUGGCGCUGCCCGUUUUUCCCAGAUGUGUCUGUUGCCACACUUUCCAUUGCACCCAAGCUUUCUCUAGAUCGUUCUCUACCGGCUACAGCGGGAGAGAGAAAGAAGAAUCGGGGUAUAGAGUAUCCAUCCUUCCCAGGAGACGGGCUACUGCAGUGCAGAGGAGCGGGAAUCAGGACUGGAGGAGCAGCUGUCUCCCUCUUGGAAUCAUGGCGCAGGUGUGGAGAAGGAUUUCAGGAUACUUCUGGAACUCCGUCAUUGUUGACAGCUGAAAAGAAGACCAUUACAGAAAACUAUCCUGAAUUAUCCCCUAGACCCAAGGAAGAAACUGCCACACCUAAGAGUACCAGUGGGCUUACUGACAUAACUUGGAGUUCCAGUGGGAGUGACCUGUCAAAUGAAGAUGAAUUGCAGUUCAUUGACUGGGAGCUCGACAGUGACAGGGAAGGUGCUGGUGAAUGUAACGAACUUGAAGAUGGCGAGGGUACCAUGGAUAUCUCAGACUGUGCUUCCUGUUCAAGUAGCCAGUCUUUGACGAGUGAUGACAGGCUCUCUGAGUUUGCUAAGCAAAGUUCUACAGAAAUUUUGGAGUAUUCUUCAGAGAGUGAAAAAGAUAAUGACUUGGAAGAUGCCCUGUGUAUUGAUUCAGAAUCUCCCCACAAAUACCACUUGAAGUUUGGAUCAGCAAAAUCAACAGAGUCUGUCUUGUGUACACCCCAGAGACAGAGGGCCAAAUUUUUCAAGACAUCAGAAAAUUCAACAAGGAAGAAGUUUUUAAGAGGUGGGCUAGCCGAAAGACUAAAUGGACUGCAAAAUCGACAGAGAUCUGCCAUUUCUUUGUGGAGACAUCAAUGUGUUUCUUACCAAAAACCACUUUCAGGUGGAAAAUCUAGUGUAUUAAUUGUGAAAAUUCUGGAGCUGCAUGAGGAAUGUACCAUGCAAGUUGCUAUGUGUGAGCAAUUAGGAGGGCCACCAGCUGCCAGUCCUUCCCGAGAUGUGACACGCGGGCCUGGAACCAGCCUGAAGGUUCUGUUCACCAGGGAGACUGCAGGACACCUCAGAGGACGUCCCCAGGACAUCAUCCACAUCUUUCCUCCCUGGCAAAAACUUACUAUCCCAAAUGGGAGAUGCCCUAUUAUUCUGAAUACUUAUUUUUGUCAGAAAGUUGUUGCCAAAGAAAAUUCAGAAACAACUCAUGAAGUGUACUGUACAGACACACCCCUUCCAAGAAGAAACAUCACUUUGGUCCAGAUGUAUAGAAUUAGAGAUCUAUCAAAUAAUUCAUCUGAAAUCCAGGUUAUGUGUAGUGGGGUGACUCCCAUGGGCACAGGCUGGACCCAUGAGCAUGAAGAAGCAAAACAGCACCUUGCAGCUGGCGCUCCCCCAAGAGAUUCUCUCCUGGACAUGGUGGAAAGCCAGGGAGCCUCCAUGUGGUCAGGAGUGGUUGUCCGAGUGGUGGUACAGAGAGUUUAUACUCUUCAUGGCAGAGAUAGCACCUGGGGCCAGCAGGGGAGCAGCUCAGGACUCAUAGAUCUGCCUGGAGCUCGAGUCUGCCUUCUGGUCCAGGAUGCCUGUGGAAUGUUUGGUGAAGUGCACUUGGAUGGCGCCCUCCUGAAGGAAAGACAAUUGGAAGGGAAACCUUGCAACCUGGCUGGAAUGAAGGUUCUGCAGAAGGCUACCAGAGCAAGGACAGUGGGACUCUUCAGUCUGAUUGACACCAUAUGGCCUCCUGUGAUGCCUCUGAAAGCACCUGGCCGCGGCCAGCCCUGUGAAGAGGUGAAAACUCAUUUGCCUCCUACUAUCUGUUACAUCCUCACUGCACUUCCCAAUCUGGGACAGAUUGAUGUCAUUGAAGAGGACCCCCUUUCCAAGCUUUACCAGCCUCCAGUUUCCCGCUGCUUAAGAGAAAUUCUUCAGACUGAUAACCUGGGUACCCGUUGCACUUUCUAUGCAAGAGUGAUCUAUCAAAGACCACAGCUGAAGAGUCUGCUUCUUCUGGAACAAAGGGAGAUUUGGCUGCUGGUUACAGACAUCACGCUGCAAGGAAAGGAUAAGAGUGACCCCCGCCUUCCCAAAACUCUGCCAAUCUGCGUGGCCCCCUCCUGUGUGCUGGACCCAGAGGUCCUGGAAGCACUUAUUGCAGCUGCUUCUCCCAGCAUCCUCUUCAGGGACGCUCUUCAAGACCAGGGUCGGAUUAUCUGUGUUGAACGGACUGUCCUCCUGCUUCAAAAGCCCCUUUUGUGUGUGGCCUCUGGUGCUGCUUCCUGUGAGCUGAUGGACCCUGUGAUGCUCGAUGAACUGGACUCUCUCACGCCUGUGAACUCCAUUUGCAGCGUUCAAGGCACUGUGAUCGCUGUAGACGAGGACACUGCUUUCUCAUGGCCUGUAUGUGACAGGUGUGGCAAUGGGCGAUUGGAGCAGCGACCAGAAAACAGAGGGGCCUUUUCUUGUGGGGACUGUUCCCGGAUAGUCACUUCUCCUGUCCUCAAGAUGCACCUGCAGGUCUUCCUGGACUGCCCCUCAAGACCAAAGUGCAGAGUGAAGGUCAAGCUGUUGCAGAGCAGCAUCUCAUCCCUGCUGAGCUCGGCCACCUGUGAGAAUGGGAGUUAUGAAGUGAAGAGUGUCCUCGGCAGGGAGGUGGGGUUGGCGAGUUGUUUUGUGCAGUCCAUCACCACCCACCCGACCAGCUGCAUUGGACUGGAGGAAAUCAAGCUUCAGAGUGCGCGAGGCACCUCGGCAGAGCGCCCGCCCCAGCCACAGGACCUGUGAACUUUGUAGUGUGGCUGCGGGGGUGGCGGUGGGGGGUUGAAGUAGUUAUCUGUUAACUAUGGACCCAGCUAAUGUACUUUAUGAUCUCAACACAAAACUUAGAUUUUUCUGGGGCAAAAGUUAUUAAAAUGGUUUUGUAAGCUGUAAAUCAAAAUACCUCUCUCUACAAUUUUGGUGGUUUUUUUUUUUUUAUCAACUUCCAAUAAAUUCAGGAACAUGUUGUUGAAACUGAA